AUGCAUCUCUAUCCGCAUCAAUUAGAUGAACAAAUUUUGUGCACGGAAAUAACAACAUCAAAUGGAAAUAUUAAUCAACAUGUAUCCUAUAAUCCAAAUCAUUCAAAUUCAUUAUCAACAAAAAAUCAACAUUUAUCUAUGACAUCUUAUGAUCAAUUUCAUGAAGAAGAACAACCGUUACGUGUUCAUAUUGGAAAUAUUCCAUUUUUAUGGACUAUUGAUGAUUUACGAAAACAAUUUUUGGUAUUUGGUCCAGUAAAAGAUCCAGAAAUAGUUUCGAAUGAACGUGGUUCAAAAGGUUUUGGAUUUAUUACUUUUUUACGUCAUAGUGAUGGUAUGAAUGCUAUUCGUGUAAAAAAUGGUUCCAUUGCCGAUGGACGAAAAAUAACAGUAGCUUUAGCAUCAUCACGUUCAUCAUCUCGAAUAAAUUCUCAACCUUGUUGUUAUUGUAAAAAUUUUAUAUAA